AUGAAGUAUAUCCAAUCCUCCGAAAUCCUCGACGUUCCUCAAGACGUGUCUCUCGUCAUCAAGUCGCGUAACAUCCUCGUGAGAGGCCCUCGCGGUGAACUGAAGAAAGACCUGCGCCACAUCGAUGUUACCUUCACCAAGUUGUCCAAUACACAGAUUAAAAUCACUGUUCACAACGGAGACAGAAAACAUGUCGCCUCGCUGAGAACCGUGAAAUCUAUCAUUGCCAACUUGAUCAAGGGCGUCACUGUCGGCUUCAGAUACAAGAUGAGGUUUGUGUAUGCCCACUUUCCUAUCAACGUCAACGUUGUGAACGAGGAUGGUCAGGAGUACGUCGAGAUCAGAAACUUCUUGGGAGAAAAAAGGCUCAGAAAAGUCAAGGUGUGGGAGGGCUGCAAGGCCGUCAUCUCCACCGCCCAGAAAGACGAGCUCAUUGUCGAGGGAAACUCUCUCGAGAACGUGUCGCAGACGUGCGCAGACAUUCAGCAGAUCUGCAGGGUCAGAAACAAGGAUAUCAGAAAGUUCCUGGACGGUAUCUAUGUUUCUGAAAGAGGCCACAUUGUGGAGGCCUGAGCAUAUAGUUAUGAUGACACUUUCCGCCAAUUUGUGCUGCGAGCGCCGGGUGCCUCGCAGUGCUGCGAAUCGUUGCUUGCUGCAAAAGACGGCUCUUUACGAUUACGCAAGUAGUUUCUGUAGAUCCUGGUGUAGAGCCUGUGUAGUGUCUUCUCCCUGUAUCCCCGGUGUCGGGUGUGAUUAUUUUUCUCGUCCCGGCGAUUGGCCAGACCGGCUUUUUCUUAGCUGAGAUUACUUAAUGUGUGACUCUGCAGACUCUGGGCC